AAUACAUCCUCACUGGCACGGGCAUUACCGCUGGCUACCACCGCCUCUACAGCCACAAGGCCUACGCCGCUUCGUUCCCCGUCGAGUUUGUCAUGCUCGCCUGGGGCGCCGCCGCAUUUGAAGGCAGCGCCCGCUGGUGGAGCCGGAAUCAUCGCGCGCAUCACCGCUAUGUCGAUACGGAGAAGGACCCGUACUCCGUCCACAAGGGCUUUUGGUACGCGCACAUUGGCUGGAUGAUCUUGAAGCAGGACUCGAGAAGGGCUGGCAGAGUCGAUAUUAGCGACUUGAACGCUCAUCGGGGCGUCAUGUUCCAGCACAAAAACUACUUGCCCAUUGCUCUUUUCUUUGGCUUUGUCUUCCCGCUUGCCGUCGCUACCAUGGGAUGGGGCGAUUUCUGGGGGGCCUUGGUCUAUGCCUGCUUUGGCCGCAUGUUCUUUGUACACCAGGCUACCUUUUGCGUCAACAGUUUGGCGCACACCUUUGGCGUCCAGACAUACUCGAAGGAGCACACUAGCUACGAUCAUAUCAUUACUGCCCUUGUUACCUUCGGCGAGGGAUACCACAACUAUCAUCAUGAAUUUCCGCAUGACUAUCGCAACGGCAUCCGUUGGUAUCACUAUGAUCCCACCAAGUGGAUGGUCAGAGCCUUAUCCUGGUUUGGCCUAUGCUCACGUCUCAUCCGCUUCCCAAACAACGAGAUUCGCAAAGCCGAGUUACAGGUCCGCCAACAGGACCUCGACGAACUCAAGAAGACUAUCGACUGGGGGCAGGACAUUGCCACUCUUUCUACUAUGAACUGGGAUACGGUCAACGCCCGCGUCGCCGAGGGUGAAAAGCUCGUCAUCAUCGACGGCAUCGUCCACAAGAUUGACGACUUUGUCUCGAUGCAUCCUGGAGGCUCAAAGAUUCUCGGCUUUUGGAACGGGCGCGAUGCUACCAUCGCAUUCCAUGGGGAGGUGUACAAACACUCUAAGGGAGCGCGUAACUUGUUGGCACACUUCAGAGUCGCCAAGUUGCAUGAAGAUUUAGAAUAG